UCUCUGUUGCGACGGCAUCAUUGUGUUCCUGCUGUGUGCAUUUCCGUCCGUGAUCUAUUUCCGAAAUCUGCAUUUUGGGGUCCAACUCUGCCUGCCACAGCAGUUCAUGACAAUAUGAUGCUCCACUCUCUCACUCACUGCAGCCUACAUGACUGUUCAGCGCCGUCUCAGACUCAGAGGGUCCCAGGUGACAUCUUUCUUAACUUCUCCUCCACAAUGCAGCUACUCUGUUAUUUUAUUAUUUCUGUACUGUACAUUCCUCCUGCGCUCUCUUCUGUGACGUGCAGUGACAAACAGUAUCCUUGGCCGAUUUUGACACCUGGCCUUUGCUGUGAAAAGUGCCCACCAGGUUAUCAUUUGGGUUCACGCACACAAAACUCCUGCGAUCGUGAGUGUCAACCCUGUAAAGGUGACCGUUUCACUGACAGCUACAACACAGCAAUGUCCUGCAGUUUUUGUAAAAGCUGCGACAAUCCAAACAUGGAGGUCAAGACGAAAUGCAAUACGACUCAUGACACUGUGUGCACAUGUAAAGCUGGCUACCAAUGCAAAAACCAAGACUGCCAAGAGUGUGUAGUGAUACCGACCACAACCAAACCCACCGUCCCUCCAUCCACUACUGUGGCAAGACCUGGAGUUGCCACUACCCAUUUGCCCCCCAAACAAAUUGGAGAUACAGCGUGGUUCCUGGUGAUAAUUGCCCUCCUGUGUACAGGAAUUGUGCUGGUUUUUAUGACAAAAAUCAAGCCAUUUCUACUCUGGAUUAAGUCCAAACAUGGCUACUUCUUGGCUGAAAAAUCACAACCUCCAUGUGCUGGCGUGGAAGUAGUAUCAAAGCCCAUCCAGGAAAUGUGUGGGAAAUGUGAGACAUGUAUCUGAAUUUGGUUGAGCAAGAACUUGGCAGGACACUUAGUGGCACAUACCAGAUGCAAAACAUCUGUCACUGUUUUGGACAUUAGUGAUAAAAUGGAGUUAGCCAGCACUCUGGGCCAUGCUGAUGAAUGGAACUUCAGAAGAUGUAUGGUUUGAGACUGAUGGUGGUUCCUGAGAGGACAGAUGACGUUCGACAUGACAUUAAAAUGUAUAAAAUUGCAGAGGGUAAAGAGCACAGAGGUGAAGCUGUGGCAGUGAAAGGGGAGUAUGUACUAUGUUACAUUAUUAUCAAAAUAUUUCACAUUAUAUAUGUGUGUGUGUGUGUAUAUAUAUG